UGCCGGAAGGGAGCACGCACGCACGCACGCGCGCGCGGCCGGCGGCGGCGGCGGGUCGCGUCGCGGUGCGGGCGGCCCAUGGCCGGUGGCGGCGGCGGCGGCGGGCGACGAUGACCGACUACAGCGAGGAGCAGCGCAACGAGCUGGAGGCCUUGGAGUCGAUCUACCCGGACUCGUUCACGGUGUUGUCAGAAAAGCCAACAACUUUCACAAUCACUGUGACAUCUGAAGCGGGAGAAAAUGAUGAAACUGUCCAAACCACCCUUAAAUUUACCUAUAGAGAAAAAUAUCCUGAUGAAACUCCACAUUAUGAAAUUGUCUCACAGGAGAAUCUUGACGAUAAUGAUGUCACAGACAUAAUCAAACUACUAGAACAACAGGCAGAAGAAAAUUUAGGAAUGGUAAUGAUCUUCACUCUAGUCUCAGCAGUACAGGAGAAAUUAAAUGAAAUAGUGGAUCAAAUAAAAACACGAAGAGAAGAGGAAAAGAAACAGAAAGAGAGAGAAGCAGAAGAAGAAGAGAAACAACGUUUUCAUGGCACGCCUGUUACCAUUGAGAAUUUCUUAAAUUGGAAAGCAAGGUUUGAUGCAGAACUCCUAGAAAUAAAAAGGAAAAAGAUGAAAGAAGAAGAACAAGCAGGCAAAAAUAAAUUAAGCGGUAAACAGCUGUUUGAAAUGGAUCACAACCUUGACACCUCUGACAUCCAGUUCUUGGAGGAAGCUGGAAACAGCGUGGAGGUUGAUGAAUCUUUAUUCCAAGAAAUGGAUGAUUUAGAGUUGGAGGAUGAAGAGGAUGACCCUGACUACAACCCUGUUAAUUUAGAUAGUGAUUAGACUUUUUUUGGACUGGCUCUGUCAUCAGUAUGGACAUAUGUAAGGAGAGAGGGGCAGGCAGGGAAGCCACAGCAUCUGUGGUUUUAGUAAUGUGUAUUUUUUCUUUUUUUCCAAAGAAAAAAAAAUAUUUUAAAUCCAGGAGAAUGGUCUUCUGAUGACUACCUUCACAAAUAAAUUUACUUUAAUAUUUCAAAUUAAAAAUUUGAGGAAUAUUGAUCUGUCUGAAAAUGCUACUUUAUUUUCUCUUAUUUUUUCCUUCCCACUUCUGUACUUAUCCUUUGAAGAGAUGUGACAACAAACAAGGUGGAAGGAUAUUACAGCAAGUGCUAAACACCCCUGCAUCUGAAGGCUGAGCAGCUCUUCUGCUGUUUUCCACCUGGGACAUACAGGGGCCGCUUUGGUGAAUAAAAGGGAUCACAUACUA